ACUCCAGUUGUUUUUAUCGCGGACGCGGAAGUCGGCACGAGCGGCGCUUUCUGAGGAAACCGAGGCUAAAAAUCAGGAGAAAAAUCAAGCCUCUGAGGAACAGUACAUAUAAAUUAUCUCUCUGUGGAAUCCACUAGAACCAGCGAGCCAUCAUGCCGAACAUGGAACAGAAUUUGUUUAACCUGAAGUUCGCAGCCAAAGAGCUGCAGCGAAACGCAAAGAAAUGCGACAAGGAAGAGAAAGCAGAGAAGGCCAAAGUGAAGAAGGCAAUCCAGAAAGGUAACAUGGAAGUCGCGCGGAUCCAUGCCGAGAACGCCAUCAGACAGAAGAACCAAUCCGUGAACUUCCUGAGAAUGAGCGCUAGAGUGGACGCUGUGGCGGCGAGAGUCCAGACCGCCGUCACCAUGAACAAGGUCACUAAAUCCAUGGCAGGAGUUGUAAAAGGGAUGGACGCGACCCUGAAGAGCAUGAAUCUGGAGAAGAUUUCAGCUCUGAUGGACAAAUUCGAGCGCCAGUUUGAAACUCUGGACGUUCAGACACAACAGAUGGAGGACACCAUGAGCAGCACGACAACACUUACAACUCCACAGAACCAGGUGGACAGUCUGAUGCAGGAGAUGGCAGAUGAAGCAGGGUUGGAUCUGAACAUGGAGCUUCCACAGGGACAGACAGGAACAUUGGCCAGCAGUGUGGCAUCUACAGAACAGGAUGAACUCUCUCAGAGGCUGGCUAAGCUCAGAGAUCAGGUCUAAGUGGAUAGACCCUUGCAUGCGUGUGUGUGUGUUUGUGUGUGCAUGUGUGUGUGUGUGUGUCGGUAUGUAUGAGAAAGAUCAUCAUCCUGCUCCAUGUUUGUGGCUCUCUGAUGUCCUGAGGAUCUGCUGUCCAGAUGACGUCCAGCACAGAUUUCCACAUGCCCUCGUCCACUCUCCCCGGACGCAGGCCCCAGGGGGAGGAGUGUGUAUUGUUGUGUACUGUAGCGUGUCUUAUACAGAGCUUUAUUCUGCAGCUUUCUGCGGUCUGGUCAGCUUCGGCAUACUCUGAGAAAUAAACAGUGACCCUGCACUGUCAUGUCACCUGAGGCAUGCUAAUUCAUUUUGUUCGAUCCUGCUUCAUCUUUCUGGACAAAGAGGCCACUAAUAAACCACCUUAAUCCAAACACUAUGAUGGAAAACAUAUGUAGAUAUAUAUAUUUACUCUACUCUAGUAUUGCUCCGAGUGUGAAUUCAGGAAUGGUCUUGAUUUAUAACACUGUAAUAAAUAUAAUAAAACAGUGACUGAUGCUAAUUGGGUUGAUUUCAAUCGAUAGCGGUUAUGAACUUUUGAAAGCUUUUGUUUGAGUAAUUCUCCCAUUCGACUCAUCAGUUACCUUUUAAGGAAACAGAGGGGCGUGGCUACUUUGCGAAUGAAACGCUCCCAUUCAACUCAUCAGUUGCCUUUUAAGGAAACAGAUGGGCGUGGCUAAUUCGCGAACGUAAUUUCCCCAUUUGACACGCGAGUUGCCUUUUAAAGGAAACAGAGGGGCGUGGCUAAUUUCUAAUUUCACAUUGUUCUCGAUGUAAUUGUGGGCGGUGCCUAAGGUUUUUUUUUCAGUGUUAGGCUGAAAUGAAGAGAAAUUAUAAACAGAAGUGUUUAAUCUGAGAUUACUUUAAAUGAAAGUGUGUUAUAAACAAUAACAAAGUUACACACACACACACUCAGUGUCCUAAAUCAAGACCAGAGCUGAUGUUAUGCUCAAUGAUUUUUUUGUUUGUUUGUUUGAUUGAUUUUACGCUGACUUCAGUCUCUAGUGUUGUUAGUGUUGGAGAAUGAUGGGGAUUUCCUGCAUACUUCUAAAGGAAGCUUUAAGACGCUUUAUUUAUUUUCUUUUCUAUUUUCUUUUCUUUCUAUUUUCUUUCAUGUUGUUUUUGGUUUAUUGGGGGAAAAUGCUGUCUACAGUUUAAGAGCAGAAAUAAAUAUUUUAUAACAGUUAUUACUUA